AUGGAGAAUCACCAAGACUUCAACGUCCCAUGGUGUCAAAAUUUACUCGCUUCGGAUAUUUCCAUUGUCGAAAUUCCGACUGAGCCUUCCUUUACAAGUAAUGAUGCUGACGGCGCCACAAAGGAUGAAGCCGUCUCUAACAGCAUGUUCAAGCAAACCCUCUACACGCCAGAUGCUAUUCGUGCUCAGCUAUGCUUCAAACGGCCGACCUCCGAGGCUGACUCCAUCAUCCCCUGGGAAUACUGCUAUGUACUGUCGCUCGGCUCUGGAAUCGACGGCAAGGCAGGUCGGGCGCACGGCGGCUUCAACGCUUUGAUUUUAGACCAGAUGACAGGCACUGUGGCAUCGAUGGUGUCAGGGAGUGCUGCGCCAGCUACAGCGACGAUGACUGUGGACUACAAAGCACCAAUUGAGACGCCUGGCGUCGUCCUGUGUCGUGGAUGGGCGGUGGAGCGACAGGGGAGGAAAACAUGGGUGAAAGCCACAGUUGAGGACGGCCAAGGGAAGUUGCUGGCCAGCGCUAAGGCUCUGUUCAUCGACCCAAGACCGACGAAGAUAUAA